AUGAAGUUCGCAAUUUGUAGCCUGGCUGCAGUGCUUGCAGGGACAACAGAAGCCAUUUUCACUCCACUAGAAAGAGUUCAGACUUUGCUACAAGACCACAAGCAUCAUGACAAAUUUACAAACACUUAUCAGGCUUUCAAGGCACUAAAAUGCCAUGGGAUUAAAGAGUAUUAUCAAGGCCUGGUGCCCAUUCUUCUCCGCAACGGAUCGAGCAAUGCCCUGUUUUUUGGCCUUCGAGGCCCCCUUAAGGAGUCCCUGCCUGCUGCAAAGUCUCACAGUGCUCACUUGGUCAAUGAUUUCUUCUGUGGAGGCCUACUAGGUGCCAUGUUGGGAUUCUUGUUUUUUCCAAUUAAUGUUGUAAAGACCCGCAUGCAGUCUCAGACUGGUGGGGAAUUUCAGUCUUUCCCCAGGGUUUUCAAAAAAAUCUGGCUAGAACGGGACAGGAAGUUGGCAAAUCUUUUCAGAGGUGCCCAUCUGAAUUACCACUGGUCCCUCAUCUCUUGGGGCAUAAUCAAUGCAACAUACGAGUUCUUGUUAAAGGUUAUAUGA